AUGCAACCGAGAUUGGUGCUGCCCAGCUCGCAGCCUCUACGGAUCUCAGCGCAGCAUCCAGUGAGGUCGUCUUCGACAGCGCCGUCAUCAUCAUCGGCCGCGGCUCGCCCUCGAGCGUUGCAUGGCGUGUCCAUCGACUCUGCACAAGCCCCGAAUGUUGCCGCCGUGGCGGUGGCGACGCCACUGCCGCCACCAUCUUCCUCGUCACGACUUCUGCAGGAGAUCGAGGAAACCCGUAAACUCCUUCGCACCUUCCGCUCGUUGAAGGAGCGCGGCGCGAGCCGUGCCGAGCUGGCAGACCUUCACCUCCGUGUCAAGGCCCUCAAGGCGGCGCAGCAGCGCCAGCAACCGAAUUCCGGCGCAUGCAAGGCGGCAACUCUCCCUCUGGCUGCGUCUACUACCGCGGACGCAGAAGCAGCUGUAGCAACAGCAGCGGCGCGUCCGUCGCUCGCUUGUUCACCCGAGCCGGCGCCACCAUUGUCAUGCACGCACCGUCACGCAGGCGUCACGCUCCACGAGGGAGAAGCUGGGUGGACUACGGGAUCAAGUCACAGCUUGCAUCAACCUCAACAGCGCGGCGUCGAGGAGGCACACGUUGCACAUUGCGACGGGCGGCUACCGGAAGGCAGGCAUCAUCACCAUCACCGUCACCGCCACCAUGACGUCCGUGUGGACCGGGCAGCAUCGCUGUCCAUCUCUACGAAGCUAUCUAAAGCCGCAGCGCAGGGCUCGACUGCAGUGCGCAACGGCGCCAUUAACGCCGUCAGCAGCGGCAGCGCUGGCAUUUGCAGUGCCGUGACGCUGCAGCCAGGCACGGCAUCAGCAGUGCCCGGAUCCCUUGUGCAGAUCAACUCGAUCGUGUUUGCCAUCGCGCUCGCGGAGGCGCACACGCGUCGUGAUAUCGCGCAACGAUGGGAGCGCCGGUGGCUUCGGCACUGGGCGAACUUCAAGGAGGAGCGCAUCGCCAUAGCCCUGCGCCCGCCCACCACAACGACAGCCGCGCUGUCACGUCCGCAGGGGCAGCUGGAGAGGUGGGCGGAGGCUGCCCCGAUGGCGCUACCUCGCGAAUGGCAGCAGUGGCACCAGGCAGUGUCGACUGCGACGGCAACUGUGGAGGGGAGCAGUGUUGCGACAACCACCGCAGCCCGCACUGUCGGCGCUUGUCCUGCACCAGUGCCGGGCAAGAGCGUCAGGGAGGCGUUCGCAGCCACAACAAGCAGCCCAGCGGUGGUUGGCCUUCAAGAGACGCCGUCGCUCUCGGCCGGCCACCGCAGUGGCGAGGAGGCGCGCCAUGGCGCUGAAGAACAAGAGGAAACGAUCCCCGACGUGGACGACACCGCUGUGGACAAAGACUCGGUGGUGUGGACAAGUCCUCCUCCGCAGCACCAGCAGCAUCCGGCACCUCCAGCAACAGAACGAGACUUAGAGGCGAGCGCAUGCGCCGCUGCUGAUGCGACUGCCGAAGCGGCUGCAGCCGUGAGGAACGUGGAGGACGAAGAAGUCGCCGCGCGCACAGCGACGGAGAGCGCUGCGGCAGAGGCACGAAAGCGUAUUGAGCUGGCUGAAGUCACAGCUCGCCUCAGAGCUGAGGAGGCGCGGGAGGCUUUGCAGUCGCUCAUGGCCGCUGAAGCAGGGGCCCGUGUCACCCUCGAAGGCGACGAGGCCCGCUUGAGGAUCUCGCACGUUGCAGCGGAGCGGGACGGCGCCCAGCGCGUUGCCCUUGCGGCAGCCGAGGCGGAGUCUCGGCGGAGAGCGCAGGAGGAACAAGUGCGUCAGGAGGCAGCCGCGCGCGCAGCGGCGGCCAAGAGAGAGGAAGAGAAGGAGCGAGAGGCUGCUGCACGUCGUGCGGCCGAGGCGCAACUGCAAGCUGCAGCAGACAUCGAAGCUGCGGAGCGGCGUUCUGUGGAGCAGCAGUGGCAGGAAGCCGUCCGUCUCUCCGAGUCACUGCUGUCCGAGCGGAUCAAGGAUGCUGUUGCGGCGGCUCCGCCGUUGGCUCACUCGAAGGGCAUCCGUGCACCCAAACGGCCACUGUGCGAUGAGCUAGCAAUGAUGGAGGACGCACAAGCAGGAGAGACCGCGGACGCGCAGGCCUGCCUGCGUGAGCGGCAGCAAGCAGCGGAGCAGUGCCUUGUAGCUUUCGGCGCAGCAGCGGAUGCUGUGCUUGGUGAGUGGAUCAGCGCGGCAGCAACGGUAGCCGAGCAGGCAGCGUCGGUUGAGGCGGCCAGGCGGAGAAAGGCAGAAGAAGCCGCAGCUCAAGCGAAGGCUGUGGUGCAGGAGAGGGCAUCUGCGGCUGAGGCUGCACGCGCCGCGGUCGCACGGACCGAAGACGAAGGCAGGGUUGCACUGGCAGCUUCGGAAGAGGAGGUGUGGCAGCGGCUGCAGCUGCAGCACGGAGCUGACGUUGAGGCGGCGCGUCUCGCAGCGCUUGCAGCCGAGGGAAAGGCCGCGCGCCACCGUGCUGAGGAAGAGGCAGCUGCGAUGACGGCUACGCUGUGCUCCGUUGUUGCCGAGCUCUCCAAGAAUCUUGUGGACGGCUGUGUAGCCGAGGCAGCACGGCAGGUAUCCGAAGGAGUAGAAGCGGACGCUGUGGAGGAGUUGCAGAUGCAACGGCGCGAGAGGGUUGAAGGGGAAGAGGCGUUGGCGCGAGAUGACAUGUACGGCAACGCGCUUGACGAACUGACGAGACUGCGCGAAGAUGAGGCAGCCGCAGAGGUCCGCAAGCGCAUGGAGGUCGAAGCUGUGGCUGCCGCGAAGGAGCAGCAGCAGCGUGUGCAAGCGGCUGCGCAGUAUUUUCAGAUUUCCGAGUUGAGUGAAGCUCUGCUGCUCGAAUUCCUGCACGAUGCUGCAUCCGCGGCGGUGGCGGCAAGCACGGCGACCGUCGCUAACGGUUGUCUUGCCGAAACGUCACCGCUGGCUGCCUUACCAGAAGGGGAAGAGGGAGCAGCGAGUGCUGUCAUGGAAGACGGACAGCAGCAGCAGCAGCACCACCACCACCACCCGUCUGCCGAUGACGCCGCUGAAGAGCUGGACGCUCGAGCAGAACAGAGGCAGGGGGGCGGCGUCGACAGCCCCGACAAAGCUAACGUAGACACAUCAGCACCGGAAGCCGUGGCCGCUACAGCAUCACUCUCUCUCUCGCCGUCUUCCUCUGCCGGCCCGUCGUCUUUCUUCGUGGAAUCCGUCUCUGCGGAUGCGACUCCGAAGGCUGUCACAACGGGCGUGCCGCAAGGCCAUGCGGUCGAGGGCGUAGGGCUGUUGUCGCCCACCGUUUUCGUGCACGUCGUCGAUGGCCUCCUCUCUGAUGUUCUCCGCGAUGCAGCCAUGGAGGCACAGAGGGGCGGUGCUGGUGCUGUCGGCGCGAUCAGCGAGGUUAUAGCGAGCCGAACACAGGCAGGGCAGAGAGCGAGGGAGCACCGCAAGCCCCUGCCCAACGGCUCCGAGGCGUCCUUCGUGUCGGUUGACCAUGGCAGCUCGCACUCGACCCUUGGGUGCUCCCCACCAUGGGAGCCGCAGCCGAAGCCGCUAGAGCUACCGCUCGCCCUCGUGGUCCGUGACGCUGCAGGCGACCGUGUGCCACAAGUGCAGUACACGGGGGGCGAGCUGAACGACUGUGCGGAGGCUGACGUGGUUGUUGGCGGGGCCGGCAACGUCACGGCGUUUCUGGCUGAGGUCGCGGACGCGGGCAAGUGCACCCCACACCAGCGCAUUGUUUCACCCCUCUUGAUACCAUCAAUGGACGUCGUCACUGCCAGCACUUCCUCCAUUUCGACAGCUUCAGUGACGGACAGAAGAGGAAGAGGCUGCGCUCGCGGUGCCGCCGGCGCGACCGCCACGGCGUCGUCACCGCUGCACUGCUUCUCCACGGCAUCCUCGGUCGACGACGACGACGACGCGGCCUGCAGCUCUCUCACCGCCCCGGGGGCGCCACGGCCGCUCAAUCUGCUGCAGCACAGUGUUUUGUCUCCGCUGCUGUGCCAGCAGCACGGGGGAAACGGCGGCGUCCACAACGAUGGCGGCGAGGCGAGCACGCCUGCCGGCAGUGAAGCUGCAGCGGGCACUACAACGGUCGCUGCAUUGGCUGAUCGGGCCUCGUUAUCGGAGAAUAGCCGAGCAAGGCCGCAGCUUCCAGAGAGCACCGGGACCGGCGACCGCGACGCCACCUCCGACGCAGAUGGGAUGUGGUCCGCGGUGGUCACAAUGAACCACAGCGUCAUGGAAAUCACAGAAGACUUGCGAGCUUUUCAACUGGACGCACCGCCACCGGCACAUGACGUAGCCGAGCAGCGCGCUGGUGUGCGUAUCGCCGCCCAUGAUGCACUCACGGCAGACGCCAUGGCGGCGGUGGCAGACUCUCUAGAGCAGCGCGCAGUUCACGACGCGUCUCUUCUCUUCGACUCUCGGGGGCAGUCGGCAGUGCCGAACACCGACAGCGAUCGCCAGGAGUCUCACGACGCCGUCAAGGUCGACCACGCAGCGGCGCCACCGUUUCUUUUCGCCAGCGCUCAGAGCCACGAGCAGAGCACGGUGGAAGGCAAGAGCAGUGGCAGUGGCAGCGGUGGUGGCACGUCCUCGUCCACUUGCGCCGGAGAUGUCGAGGCACAUGCGGAGAAGAGGGUCAGCAUUGCGGAGAUGGGCUCAGGCUUCACGAGUGGCGACGCUCGGGAGGCCACCCUGCGUGCUACUCGGUCAUUGUCGCCGGCCGCUGCCGCGGUGGCCGCGGAAGGCAUCGCUGGCUCGCAUGCGCCGCUCUCAAACCUGUCGACCCUCGUCUCCGCUGUGGCGGCACCGAACGACUUCGUGGCUCGGCUGCGGCAGCAAGAGGAAGAGAAGAAGGUGGCGGCGCAUCAGCAAAACCGCUACCUCACCAGCCGUGAGCUGGCGCUCGUUGCAGCGCGUUACUUGACGUCGGAAGCGGCCGCAGCAGAUGUGAUGGAGGUUGGCCCCACCACCAUGCUCUCGUCCCGUGCCGUGGCGCUUGUUCUGUCGGUGGGGCUCGUGCGUGCCUCCACACUGGAGAAUCGACGCGCGCGCAGCCGCAUGGUGAAGGCGGAGAAGGGAGACGGGAGCAGCGCCAGGAGCGAUGGCGGCACAGCGGGCGGCGGUGUGCUCGUAGGGGAGAACGGGUUGCAGAAGUUGACCCCAGGCGGGGGAGCUGACUCGGCGAUGAUGGACAGCCCGGACGCGCCGCACCCGCCGAUAGGCGGCGGUGGCGAUGGCGGUGGUUUUCCGACGGGCAUCAUCGGCGAGGCAGGCGCAGCAGGGGACGACGAGUGCGUCGAUGUUCAACUCGUGUCACCAACCGCACGUGGCCGCAGCCGCGGCGGUGACUUGAGCAUGCCUGAGCCUACCGCCUCGAGCGUUGUGGGCGAUGUUGCGCACGCUAGCGGGGACGUCAAGGGCACGAACAUGAGUGGCGGACCCACGGGUCUGGGGUCCCGGCCCCUGUCACCGCGGUCGUCAUCGAUCAGGUCCGCCUCUCAGCCGACGGCUGCCGGUGGGGGUAAAGGCGCGCUCGCAGCGAAUCCAGCGCAGCAGCAGGCUGGGGUGCGCGACAAGCUGCCAGCAGACUGGGCCACCGCGCUGCGCGGCGUGGCGGAGCGGGUCGCGCGCGACUUCAUCGACUACGCCUCCCGCUGCGUGCUGCUCGGCCAAGGUGAGGGCCAGUCGAACCAAGAUCACCUGCGCACUGCGCGACGCAUCCACAUCGACGCCCUCGCGUACGUCGAUGUGCAGGCGCUCUUCACGCAAGAGCUGCAGCCGCGCGAUGUGGAGCGGCUGACCUCCUACUACGUCGAGCUAGCGACCAACGGACCGCGUGAUCGCGUCGACCCGCUCUGCGCCCCCGCCGCGCUUGGCGAGCACAACAUCUUUGGUCACCGCAGCAGCGUGAGAAACGAGGAUAUCGCCAGCUUCGACAACCUCGAUACAGCGUCGACGACCGUGUUUGUGCCACCGACGCGCCCCGGGCCCCUCUUCGCCUCCCCCCACCUCCUUCCAUCGAGCAAAAACCGCCUGCUGUCGGCAGCCACAUCCAUUCACGUGCGUCGCGCCGGGCUGCUGCAUCUGGUGCUGGAGCAGUGCGUGUCGAACGUGCUGCAUGACCUGGUCGGGGACACGGUGGGCUGGCUCUGGACCGCCUGUCUGCAAGCAGCACCGCCGGGAGCCGCACCGAAUGGCACGCAGUAG